AUGCUAGUUGAAUGUCUGACGCCUGAUUUUCGUGGUGACCUGGCAGCGGUGAGAAGAUCGCCCGUCUGGGUUAGACGACACGUGCGUGACCCCAGAGCGAAUUCGCAUCAAUCUCUGACGCGCCUGAAGCACGCUAAGAAGGUCAAACCCACCGUGCUCACCAAGACGUCCAUCAUGCUCGGACUGGGGGAGACCGACCAGCAGAUACUCCACACUUUGGCUGAGCUGCGAGAGGCCGGAGUGGACUGUCUAACACUGGGUCAGUACAUGCAGCCCACCAAACGCCACCUGAAGGUGGAGGAAUACGUCACUCCAGAGAGGUUUGCCCACUGGGAGAAAGUUGGGAAUGAAAUGGGCUUCGUUUACACAGCCAGUGGGCCGCUGGUGAGAUCGUCCUACAAAGCAGGUGAGAGACGCACGUCAUCCUGCACAGUCAUGACAUGAACAAGCUGAGGACGUCCCAGUUUAUUCCAGUGACU